GAAGACCAGAGGUACAAGUGAUCCGAGUGCCAGUCCAGCCCGAUAUGUCCAAUACCUUUAAAAAGUUGGAUACAUAUGCUCGUUAUAAAACCCUAAGCACGCCAGCGUGGCAGACAUCAGCUCCACCCAAUCGCUGUUCUGCGGGCACGUUCGUAGCAAACGAAUAUAGCGAGUAAUAGCAAUCGCUUCUCUGCUCUCCGUCUCCGUCCUUUCUUCGCCCUCAAAUACCCUCGUGUCCCCUCGCUACCUCUCUCUCUUACUCUCACCCCACUGACAACCAUUUCGUGAUUCGAACCCCGUCCUCUUUUGCCUUACCGCUGAGCUCAUUGGAAGAAGCUCCGAGCCCAUCACAAACAUCUCCAGCUCCUCCUCUUUUCUCGCCAUCCCCCCACACAACAGAUACCCAUCCCAAGCAAUAUGUCUAUGUUAGCGUCUCGCGCAGACACCGUCAAUGCCCAUGCCCGCGGCAGCAGCGUUGACUUCAAGACAGCCACCACCGGCGUGGCUGCAAAGGCCAUGCGCAACGAGAUAAGCCAUCUCGUCAGCACUAUUGAUGAUCCAGCCACCAAGAAGGCUUUCGACGUUGAGAUGCAAUCUUUCUUCUACUUGUUUACUCGUUAUCUCUCGGAACGUGCCAGAAGCAUACCUCUUGACUGGGAUCGCAUCAAGUCUCCCGCCAAUGACCAAAUCGUACUCUAUGACACUCUCACCAUGCCCAAGGACCGUAGCAACCUGAACAAGCUUGCCGUUCUCAAGGUCAAUGGGGGUCUCGGUACUUCUAUGGGUAUGACUGGCGCCAAGAGUGCACUCGAAGUCAAGGACGACAUGACCUUCCUUGACCUGACAGUGCAGCAGAUCGAGCAUCUCAACACAACCAACAAUGUUGAUGUCCCACUAAUACUCAUGACCUCCUUCAAUACGCACGAGGAUACCCUGCGUAUCAUCAAGAAGUAUGCAAACCAGCAAUUGAGCAUAACGACAUUCAACCAGUCCCGUUACCCUCGUAUAGACAAGGAGACGCUGCUCCCCUGUCCCAAGCGUGCAGAGGACGACAAGAAGCAGUGGUACCCACCUGGUCACGGUGAUCUCUACAACGCGUUGAUGCACUCGGGUGUAUUGGACCAAUUGCUGUCCGAAGGCAAGGAAUAUCUUUUUGUGUCCAAUUCGGAUAACUUGGGUGCUGUGGUCGACGAGAAGAUCCUUCAACACAUGAUUGACUCCCAAGCUGACUUCUUGAUGGAAGUCACCGAUAAGACCAAGGCUGAUAUCAAGGGUGGUACUCUUAUUGAUUAUAACGGUUCGAUACGUCUCCUUGAAAUCGCCCAAGUGCCCUCCGAGCAUGUAGAGGACUUCAAGUCAGUUCGCAAGUUCAAGAUAUUUAACACCAACAAUCUUUGGAUAAACCUCAAAGCUCUCAAGCACAUUAUGGAAACAGAGGGAAUGGAACUUGAAAUCAUCAUUAACCCAAAGACCAACGACGACGGUCAAGCAGUCAUCCAGCUCGAGACUGCCGCUGGAGCAGCGGUCAAGCAUUUCAAGAACGCACAUGGUGUCAACGUUCCUCGAAGCCGCUUCUUGCCUGUUAAGAGUUGCUCAGAUCUGCUGUUGAUCAAGAGUGACAUUUACUCGCUGGACCAUGGUCAUCUUGUGAUGAAUGAGAACAGGAUGUUCCAGAAUAUACCUGUGAUCAAGCUUGGUGACCACUUCAAGAAGAUCCAACAAUUCCAAAAGCGUUUCAAGAAGAUUCCCAAGAUUCUUGAGCUUGACCAUUUGACUGUCACUGGAGACGUCAACUUUGGACGGAAUGUCACCCUACGCGGAACUGUCAUUGUCGUUGCCAAUGAGGGACAAAGAAUCGACAUUCCUGAUGGAUGUAUCUUGGAGAACAGGCUAUUGUCUGGAAACUUGAACAUGACCGUAGGUUUCGUCCUAUCUGAACAGAAGUUGGCCUCUAAUGACAACCUAAACGCAGGAACUCUGAUGGAUCGUUUUCCUCAUAUAUUUUCCACUCGGACUCUUGAGGCGAGCGUAGAGCCAACUGAAAAAAAAACAGGACAAUAUAUAUAUAUACAACAUAGACGAGAGCGUUUUUUCAAGUUCUGUCUUCCAGUUUUGUGUUUUCUGUCUGUGGUUUCUUUCCGCUUUGUGACCGCAUCUCCAUUCUAAUUCUCUCCAGAGUGCUAGUAAUAACCUGUUGGGUCUCUUCUACGUUUACGUUUACUUUUAUUAUUUAGCGAGCCGUCACCGUCAAUUCUUUGGGUAUUUCAAUGUUACGAAUGUCUGGAUUAC